AUGUUUCCCUCUUGGGUUCUGAUAUUCCUAUUGUGGACGGGUUUUGUCUCAGCAUCGUGUCCACACGAAUGUCGAUGCUCGGAGGAUACGGUCGACUGUAGUAACAGGAAACUGUAUACGGUCCCACUUGACAUCUCCCCGUCAACCAAAACACUAAAUCUACGGGGAAAUUUCCUGGGAAAAUUGUCGAGAGCCGACUUUUCAGGACUGAAACAAUUGGACACAUUGGUUUUAGCUGACAACAAAAUUGUCAACGUUGAAGAGAACGUUCUCGACGAGUUGCCGAACUUGAGACGGCUGUUUUUGGGGCGAAAUCGUUUGAGGGAGCUCGCGUCGUUGACCUCGAGAAAAUCUCCAUUAUUAUUUUUGGAUCUGAAACAUAACAAAAUCGAGACGAUCGAUGUACAGUUAUUGGAGAUGUUGACCUCGUUGGAAACCCUCGAUUUAAGUCACAAUCGACUUCAAUCGGUUCACUCGAUGAUGUUUCAAAACGCCAAGACAAUGUUGCGGAUGAAAAUGCACCGAAAUCCGUGGAGUUGCGAUUGUCGGCUUGAAGCAACAGUGGAUUUCAUGCGUAAAUUGGAAGAUCCCGAGGAACACGUGCAUUGUUUCAAUCCGUACGAGUUGCGAGGAGAAAAUGCGCUAAACUUGAAACCCGGAGAUUUAUCAUGUUUCUCAGCAAUUGAGACAAAAUUUGACUCGUCCAUCGAAUUGGCCUGCUCGAAAGACGGAAUCGGACAACCGAUUUGGACUUAUCAAGGUGUCGAGAUAGAAGAGUCGGCUUCCGAGGAUUCCUGGGAGAUCCAGGGAAACGGAACCCUUCUCGUGCCGAAAAGCGCUCAAACUUCUGACUACAAAUGCGCCAUUCAAUACAGUGUCAGUCCGAGAUUGGCUCGUCAGGCUCGUCCAGCACAUGGCCAGAGCCAAUCCUCCGCACCGCAGUUCACUUUUAAACCGAAAGAUUCGAGUUAUCGAGAGGGCACACCGGUCAAAUUGCACUGUGAGGUAACCGGCGAGCCUCGUCCUUCCAUUCAAUGGUAUCGCAAUCGUCAACCAUUGCAAUCGUCGCGCAAAUUCGAGAUGAGUCAAGCGAAUUCGGUCCUCAAAAUCUAUCCAUUCCUCGAGGGAGAUGUUGGAACGUACACUUGCGUGGCGCAGAACAUUCACGGUCAAAUCGAGCACACCGCAAGGAUUCAUCUCAUUAGCAGCGUUCCCCCGUCAAUUCACGAUACUCCACAAGCGCAAUCGGUUGAGCCCGGGCAACAGGUAACAUUCCGGUGUCGAGCCCAGGGAGUGCCCAAGCCGGAGAUCACGUGGUUCUUUGAAGGAGCCGAAAUACCGCUGAGACAGGGAAGAUUCCAGACUUCGGACGAUCGAACCGAGCUGACGAUCACUCACGUUUCGAGACAGGACGUUGGUGUCUAUUCGUGUAUGGCCGGGAACAGUGUCGGGGCAAUGAUGGCCGAUGCUCGUUUAACUGUCACUGGAAAACAUCAAUCCGAGGUGGACAAAUUGAUUGACAAGGAAGUACUGCAAACGAUCGUCCAGCAAGCGAAAGACAAUGUGAAUCGAGCUAUCGCAAGCACGCGAACACAAUUGGUCCAGGAUGGAGUGAGAUCGACGGGCGAUUUGAAGAGAUUGUUCAAGUUUACUAUUCCAAAACAGGCAGUCGAGUUGAGCAAAGCGCGCGAAAUCUACGAAGAAUCGAUUCGCUUAGUGCAAAGUCACGUGGAAAGGGGUUUGAAACUCCCGGUGAACGACUUGCAUCCAAAGAAUGUCUCCUACGAGUCGGUGUUGGCUGUGUCCCAUGUGCAAACGAUCAUGGAGUUGUCCGGGUGUCAGGCUGGCGUUUUCAGAAAUCCCUGCACCGACAUGUGCUUUCACAACAAAUAUCGAUCCUACGAUGGUCAGUGCAACAAUUUGGAUUAUCCGAUGUGGGGCGUCUCGCAGAUGCCGCUGAAACGUCUCCUCUCGCCAAUUUACGAAAAUGGUUUCAACACGCCGAUUGGAUGGGAAAAAAAUCGACUUUAUUACGGAUAUCCGAAACCGAACCCAAGAGAGGUUUCUCGUCAAUUGAUUGCCACUCAUGACAUCACUCCGCAUGGUCAUCUUUCCUCAAUGGUCAUGCAAUGGGGACAAUUUGUUGAUCAUGAUUUAACGCACACCGCCCCACCACUCACUCGAAAUGCUUACACAACGGGCGCCGUUUGCAACCGAACCUGUGAGAAUCUGGAGCCUUGUUUCAACAUUCAAUUGCCAAAAGAUGAUCCCAAAUUGAUGAUGAUGACAAGAAUGGGAAAAGAAGUCAAAUAUCCGUGUAUCGAAUUCGAGCGUUCUGGAGCCGUUUGUGGAUCGGGAGAGACGUCGCUGAUAUUCGAUCGAGUCACUUACAGGGAACAGUUGAAUAUUCUGACUUCAUACCUCGAUGGUUCGGUGGUUUACGGUAGCUCUGAAGUUCAAGCUUUAGAGCUAAGGGAUCUUUUUGGGGAUCAUGGAUUGUUGAGAUUCGACAUCGUUUCUUCUGCUCAAAAACCGUAUAUGCCGUUUGAGAAAGAUUCGGAUAUGGAUUGCCGAAGGAAUUAUUCCAUUGACAAUCCGAUUCGAUGCUUUUUGGCUGGCGAUCUUCGAGCAAAUGAGCAGCUUGGCCUCACCGCAAUGCACACGGUUUUCAUGCGAGAGCACAAUCGAGUGGCCGCGAAAUUCCUCGAAAUGAACGUGAAUUGGGAUGGGGAAACGAUAUUUCAAGAAACACGGAAGCUAAUCGGAGCGAUGAUUCAACAUAUCACUUAUGCACAAUGGCUUCCACUAGUGCUCGGAAAAACCGGCUUCGCGGAGUUGAUCGGCCCUUAUAUGGGCUAUGAUCCGAGCAUUGAUUCAUCCGUCUCCAACUCGUUUGCCACAGCCGCUUUCCGUUUUGGGCACACGUUGAUCAAUCCGGAGUUGAAGAGAUUGGGCAAAGAUUUCCAGCCAAUCCCACAAGGGCACAUCCCAUUGCAUGAGGCAUUUUUCGCUCCCGAGCGUCUCCUCUCCGAGGGUGGAAUCGAUCCAUUGUUGAGGGGUCUCUUCGCGACACCGCUGAAAUUGCCAAGGAGUUCGCAGAUUCUGAACACGGAACUCACCGAGAAACUCUUCCCCCGGGCACAUGAGGUUUCUCUUGACUUGGCCGUGAUGAACAUUCAACGAGGACGGGAUCACGGUUUGCCAAGUUGGACUGAGUACCGUAAAUGGUGCAAUCUCUCUGUGCCGGAGACGUGGGAUCAAAUGGCGAUUGAGGUGCCCGAUGUGAAUGUUCGCAAUAAAUUGAAAGCGCUUUAUGGGCAUCCCGGUAAUGUUGAUUUGUGGGUGGGUGGAGUGAUUGAGACGAGGAUGCCGGAUGGAUUGAUCGGACCGACUUUCGCUUGUCUCAUCGCUGAUCAAUUCAAAAGAGCUAGAGCUGGUGAUCGACAUUGGUACGAGAACGAGGGUGUCUUCUCGAAAGCUCAACUCCAGCAGAUCAAGAAAACCUCGUUGGCGCGUUUAUCCUGCGAUAAUGGAGAUGAUAUUGAUCGGGUUCAGAAAGAUGUCUUCUUCUAUCCAGGCAACUCGACACGUUUCUAUGAGAAAUGCGAGAUGAUUCCAGAGAUCAAUUUGAACAUGUGGCAAGCUUGCUGUGAGGGACAAUGCUCAAUGAAUCAAGAUUCGCCGAUUACGGGAAAUCGUCGUCGCCGGGCUGAGAAAGCGAAAAAUUUCUGCGAAGUUGAGGGGAUAAUGAAAAAUGAAGGAGAAAAGUGGAAAAUCGAUAAAUGUACGAUGUGUGAAUGCAAAAAUGCCCAAGUCUGGUGCACGGUCAAGGAGCAUUGCUUGGAU